AUGGACUAUCCGCGCCAGUUCGAACUCUCAAUGAAAGAGCAAACCCCCAGCCGGGAUGGUACGGAUCGUGGUGCAUGUGGCGGAGGGAGCGAUACCAGUGUCGGACAAACGGCGCCCCAACUCCACUCAUCAAAAGUUCUGCAACAAACCAAGUCGUUAUCUAGACUAUCCUGCUGCGAGCUUCUAGCUUCACUUCCCAGACUCCCAGAUCGCGUUGUUCCCCAACGACCCGCUUAUAUCGUUAUGAGCUGUCAGGUUCAAUACCUCCCGCAACAAUUUGCGCAGCCUUCUAUGCGAGGUGCAGAGAGUGCAAAGUUUACACUUAACGUCCGUUAG